AUGACCGUGCCGGCCACGCCGCCCAUCGCCAACCCACAUGCCGAUGAUAGUACCGCGUCGUCGACACCGCACUCCACCAACGUCAUGGACGGUCCUCCCGGCGCCUCGCAAAAGUCCGCUGCUCCCUGGCCCUCGUCGUCCAUGACCGAGUACGCCCCGGCACCAACCUCGUCCGUGCCGCACUUCUCGUCCCAGACCGUACCCGACUCGCAAGAAUCCGCCAGUUUCGCCGGAGGUGACACAAGACUAGACGCGGAGAUGCGCAGCAACGGCACAAAAAGCCAUGGUGACGCCAAUGGUGAGGCUGGACGACCGCUUUGGCAGCUGUCGGCCCUGGCCGCCGCGCAGGAGCGUGUUGACCACGACGACGCCGCGGCUGGCUCACGGAAGCGCAUGGCCAACGGCGAGGUCAAGACGCGGAGCAGGAGCAACAGCCCAAUCAAAUCGCAUGCGAGAAGCAUCAGCGCUAUUAGCAUGGGUUCCAUGGGAAGCCACAUCAGUGACAUGUCGGCGGAUCUCAAAACACGGUUGGCAUAUGCCAUGAUGAAGGUGCACAAUGGCUGGCAAUCACGCUCUCUCGACGAAGUUGAAUCGCUCGCUUCACAAGCUGCAUCGCCAGCCUCGAGCAACUCCACCCUCCCACGUCGCCAAUCUUCCUCCACCAGCCCCCGGCCACCGCCAACGUCAGCAGCGCAGGUACACUUUGCGCCCAACCCCGUAGAGUCUCGCCGGAAGUCGCAUUCGCCGCCCAUACGACCCGGCAAGCCGUCUCUGGCUCCUCCAGCGCCUAUUCAACCUUCUCUAUCCAGUAGAUCCGGCAAUAGCCGCCGAAAUACCGUCUCAAGACACCCGCCCGCACUUCUCACACACUCACACUCCGCCUCGGCCGCUGGUAGCUACUCUCCGCGGCAACGCUUAGACGUAGGUGCCAUGCCAUCGUCGCAACCGUCGCGGCCACUGGAAGGCAUGAUCUACUCUCCGCAUCAAAACGUGAGAGAGCAAGACGCCAUUGAGACGUUGCUCUUCAUGAGCAGCCCCAACAACUCUUCCAAUCUUCGACACGCCUUUUCCCCCUCCGUCUCGCCCGCGCCGCAGCAAGGGCUUCUGCACGAGACCACGCACCGCAGCACCCCGCCAUCCGCCGGCUUCCGAAAGGGCUUGCCUGUUCAGCGUCCAGCCGUGCCGCAGCGGCGCGCGGGCCUCGACAGGUCACCCGUCAUGGGCCCCCCUGGCUCUCCGAUGGAGCUGGACUCACCGCAGCAGCGUCAACAGCAGCAGCAGCAGCACCAGCCGUACCGCUCGGCAAACACCUGGACGCCGAAACGACGCGCGAACGGGGCUAGUGGCCAUUUACGUGGCGCGUUGUCCCUGCCCACGGGCCUCGACUUGAGCAACGGCCGCGCGAGACAGAGGCUGCGCGAUGAGGACAUUGACCUCAUACUGGACCGUGCCGCCGACGAUAGCUCGGAUGAUGAGGAGAUUCAGCUGCCACCUAGGAGAAACGGCGUGACCGGUGCGAUUGGUAUCUAA